AUGAAACUUAGUAGAGAAUUAAAGCUUUCGUUGGCAAUAGUUUUGACAUUGGUGGUCAUUGGAUGCAUGGUUGGUUUGAUAUAUAUGGCGUUGACAAUGUACCAAUACCCACCACCAACUGAAGGGUAUUCUCCAGGACUCAGUACACCAAGUAACCAGACUAUCACCACCAUAAACUAUGCCGUGGGAGAAAUAGUUUAUACUUCUCCCAGCCUACUAACACAGAGACCAACAACAGUUGGAGGAGCUAUCUUUACUUCUCCUAACCCACUCAGUUCCAGAUCAACAACCGUGGGAGGAGCUUUUUUUACUUCUGCUAAUCUACUAACAACGAGACCAACCACGACACCAGCCUCCUCUGGCCCAAAUAGACCCAGCACUGUGGCCUCUGGCCCAACUAGUCCCACUGCUAUGGCCUCUGGCACAACUAGACGCAGUACUGUGGCCGCUGACACACUUAGACCCAGCACUCUCGUCUCUGGCCCAAAUAGACUCAGCACCCUGGCCUACGGCACAACUAGACCUAGCACCAUGACAUCUGGCACAAAUAGACUAAGCACUGUAGCCUCUAGCACAACUAGACGCAGUACUGUGCCAUCUGUCCCAACUAGAGCCACGACUAUGACCUCUGGCACAACUAGACCCAGUACUGUGGCCUCUGGUACAACUAGACCUAGUACUCUGGCCUAUGGCUCAAAUAGACCCAGCGCUGUGGCCUUUGGCACAACUAGACCCACUACUCACAAGUACACCACCUACUGUUGCCUCUGGCACAACUAG